AUGACCACCCCUGUAGCAUCAACCUCAGACCCUCAACAGGGUGAUCUCAAUGCUAAAAUAUUUCAACGACUUCAUCCACGCAUUUAUCUUGAGAGGUUUAUCGCCGAGUCUGUACGGCCAGAUGGACGAACAUUUGAUGAUUGGAGGGAUUUGAGUGUCAAUGUCGGUUCGAUAGGGACCGCUAAUGGCUCUUCCCUCGUGAGACUGGGUGAUACGACGAUUGUGUGUGGCGUGAAGGCAGAGAUCGCAGAACCGGACCUGGACAGACCAGACGAAGGAUGGAUAGUGCCCAACAUCGACCUACCGCCAAUAUGUUCCCCAAAAUUCAAGCCUGGCCCACCAUCGGACGAAGCACAAGCAUUGUCUGAUCGACUUUUCGAUUCUCUUACCUCAUCAAAUGUCCUCCCCCUUUCAUCCCUCUGCAUAGAACCCGGAAAAUCAGCAUGGGUUCUCUACGUAGAUGCCACCUGCAUAAACUACGACGGCAACGUCUUCGACGCCGCGCUCGUAGCUAUGGUUUCCGCCCUCAAAAACACGCUUCUGCCCAAGGCGACCUUUGACCCAGAUACAGAGCGGACGACGUGUUCUCGCAAAAAGGAGCUUAUGAGUCCUUUGGAGCUAUCCGAGGGCUUGCCGAUAUCCCUUUCAUUCGGACUGUUCGACUCCAACAUCCUCGCAGACCCAACAUCCUUCGAAGAACCCCUCCUCGAUACCACGAUCUCCAUCACGCUCAAUACGUCGACGAAGCAGCUGCUGGCGGUGUCGCAGCUUGGAGAGGGGUUGGCGGGAUCGGAUGUGGUCGGGAAGUGUAUACAGGAGGCGAAGAGGAGACUUGAAGACGGAUCGAGCAUAUAUGAGUUCUGAGAGACGGUUAGGUCGAAAUUUUGGCCCUAGAUGUUUGCCAGAUGCUUGUUUGAUUCGCAACGCCGAUUGAUCUUGAAGACGAGUCAUGGACACACC